AAAAUGAUAAAAAAGAUACAUUUUAAGUUCUCUGGAAAAAACUUUCAAUCAUUCUGUUUUAGAAGAAACUGACACAGUUCUUUUCUUAGUUGUUUGUUUUCUGCGUCAACUACACAACACAACUACAGCUGAGAAAAGUUUAGAUUCAGAAACUAAAAGAUUAAAGUAGAAACAUAACUCCUAGCUCCUCCAUAUGUGGGCUUCAAACUACGUCACAUGACUUAGACGUGUCCAGACGUGAACCUACAGCGUCGUAGUUUGGACCAAUCAGCAGCUGACCGUACAGGAUGACGUACUUCCAACAGAAACAGAUGUUGGUUCAGGUCGAAUUGAACCAGACUGGGGCGGUACCGGAGAUACUGACCCACAUCCCAAGACUCAUAGGAUAUGUGAUCACAGUGUUCAGUGUGAAGGUUCUCUGCUGACCUGGAGGUUGAACGCUGAAAUCCCAGACCGCCUGAUAAGAUCUGAGCAGGGAAAGUGAAGCUUUGCUGUCCUGUUAGCUGACGAUAGGCCUUUGAGCAAGGCAUCAACAAGAAAGUCUAAAAGAACUAAACAGUCAGAUGAGGAUUGUGUGUAAAGAUGUGACAGCUGAGACGCUGUACGAUGUCCUCCAUGACACGAGCUAUCGCAAGAAGUGGGAUACCAACAUGAUCGACACCUAUGACAUCGGCAGACUGACCGCCAACGCAGACAUCGGAUAUUACUCCUGGAAAUGUCCGACUCCUCUAAAGAACAGAGACUUCGUGACCAUGAGAUCUUGGCUUCCUCUCGGUAACGACUACCUGAUCAUCAACUACUCGGUCAAACAUCCGCAACACCCUCCUAAGAAGGACUAUGUCCGAGCCGUGUCCCUGCUGACCGGAUACCUGAUCCAGUCCAACGGAGCCAACAGUUCAACCCUUUACUACCUGACCCAGGUGGAUCCGCGAGGUUCGUUACCAAAGUGGGUGGUGAACCGAGCGUCUCAGUUUGUGGCUCCAAAGGCGAUGAGAAAGAUCUACAAGGCGUCCCAGAAGUAUCCGGAGUGGAAGAGGAAGCACAACCCGAACCUGAAGCCGUGGAUGUUUCCGGAGCAAAACUCUCUGCCGUGCAUCAAUGUGGCGGAGCUGACGGUGCAGCGCGCCGACUCUCUGGAGAACAUCGAUGAGAGCGGCCUGAGUGAGGAGAAGACGCACCACAGCGACGACGAAGAGACUUAAUCGUCUGUGCGGAGACGCGUCGCUUCCUUCUGUCUGUUUCUGUUUGUUGGUUUGUUUGUUUGUCAGACUGAGCAGAGCGGCACCAAACUCCAUUAUGAUUCUGACUGAUCUUAAUGAGAUGAUUCAUAUUCACUUCACAAAGUUCAGGUUCAGGUGUGUUCAGGUGUGUUCUGCUCAGGUCAUCCACUAAUAUUUAAUUAUUAUACUAACAAACAAACACUCUGAGGAACAUCUGAUGUAUUUUAUAACUUUGUAUUUCUGUAGACUGAUUCUUGGUGUGUUCAUGUGUGAACUGUAGUGUGUGAUCAGGUAAACACCUGUGGGGGCGGAGCUCAGGUGUGUUGUCAGGACUCAUAUUUAAUGUAAUAUAACUCUGUAACCUGAGAAUCUUCUUCUGUGAUUCAUUCAUGACCCAAACGGACCUAACAAACGGUUCUAACAAAGACUGAAACGUUCAAGUCCUCAGACUUGUUGUACUCGAGUAACUCACAAUGUAAUCUGAUACAAGAACAUGAGAAUAUUAGAGUUGUACUUCCUGUCUGCAGGGAUCCGCCCACAUGAAGAAAAACAACAAACACGAAGCAAAAAAAU